UUGGGAAGGCCCCCAAAUUGGGAAGGGCAUAAAUGCCCCUGCAGCCACCACGCACUGCUCAAAAGGAACCACAAGGAGUCUGCCCCAGAGGACAGGGCAUCUGUGGGGGACAGCAGCACGGACACUAAGCACACACGCAGACGCUGUGGAAGUGGUUUUUCAGCAUGAAGCUGGCAGCAGACCUUCUCUGUUUGCUCCUGUGCUUCACUGCAGUGGGUUGCGAUCGGGUCUACGUCCACCCUUUCAGUUUGAAUGCUGUAAAUGAGAGUGCCUGUGAGGAGCUGGAACACUUGGCCCAGGAAGGAAAGAAAACAUUUGUGCCUGCCUCCAUUGAAUCCCAAACCACGCCUGCCUAUGAAGAGGAUGUGAAAAAUGAAGUCAGGCUAGAUUCCCCUAGCCUAAGUGUCCGUGGAAGGCAGAAACUUAUCUACCUGAAGGACUUCGUACAUGUCCUUGGCAUGCGAUUUUACAGUUUGCAGAGGGAAGCACGGCAGGGCCAAAAUGUCCUGUUGUCCCCUACCAGUCUCUAUGGCUCCUUGGCGUCUUUCUACUUGGGUGCAUCCAAUCAGACAGCUGCUGAUUUGCAGGGUUUGCUGGGAUUUGUUCCCCCCUCUGGAGACUUCGAUUGCACCUCCAGGGUGGAUGGGCACAAGCUCCUUGCAAGCCUGAGGACUAUCGAAAACCUUGUCAAAACCCAGGAUGAAGAUCUGCUCUUUUCCAAGAUGUUCUGCCUCUUCUCUGCCCCUGGCAUACCCUUAUCCCAACAGUUUGUGCAUAACUUGCUCCGCUCUGCUGAUGCUUUUUACACACGAGCUGUGGACUUUACAAACCCAAGUGAGGCAACAAAACAAAUAAAUGCCUUUGUGGAGGCCAAAAGCAAAGGCCAAAGCAAGCACAUACUGACAGACCUCGACCCGACUACUGACUUAGUGUUCGCAGUGGAUGUUCGCAUGGCAGUGAAUGCUAAGAAAGCCUCUCGGAUGAAAGAUCCUCAGGAGUUCUGGGUUGAUUCAAACAGGGCAAUCUCAGUCCCCAUGCUGUCAGUAACUGGGACGUUCAAGUACAUGACCGACACCAGUGAGACCUUUUCUGCAACUGAAGUCCCUGUUGGCAAGAACGUUCUGCUGGUGCUGCUGCAGCCCAUCAAUGGCAAUGACCUGGACAAAGUAGAGGCUGAGCUUCCCUUGCAGUCAUCAGCCUGGCUUGAAAAUCUGUCCCCAAGAAAAAUUAAAUUAACUUUGCCUGAGUUAAGAAUAGAAGACAGCUGUGAUCUACAAGAAUUUCUUGCAGAUAUGAAACUGCCUGCACUGUUGGGGAAGGAGGCAGAUCUCAGUAAAAUAAGCAACGCCCACCUCACUGUUGGAAAGAUAAUGAACAAAGCCUUUUUCAAACUGAGCAGCGAUGGAACACAUCAACCAGAAGACACCACAGCACAGGAAGAAGAUUCAGUGCCCCAGGAAGUAAUGCUGAACAAACCGUUUCUUUUAGCAGUCUUUGAAGCAAAGUCAAGGGCAAUGCUUUUCCUUGGUAGAGUAACAAACCCCCUGCAGGAGGUUUAAAUGCAAGCAGCAAGGAAGAGGGGAGAAGAAAAAGGAUGCACAUUUCCCAUCACCUUUUUGUACUAAUAAGCUGUUUUUAUGAUCAUGUUGAGUGCUCUGCCCUACUUGUAGGUCAAGGGGAAAGGGUUUGAAAUACAGCUUUUUAAAAACUAAAAAAAAAUUACAACAUCCCAUCUUUUGUUUCAUGCAAACCACCCAGUUCCCUUCUUUCCUUCUCCCCCUCUUCUCUUCCUCUGCUCCACCGUUUUUCAAGGCAGUGGGGAUAAAACAGUAAUCAGCAAGUCAACUUACACUGUUAUUUUAUAAGUGCAAAUGCCACUUACUACAGAAAGGUAGGAAAAAGGAUCAGUUUUGCAAGACAUCUCUCCAAUUUUUCAAAUUAUCCACAGGGACUUCUAGCUUGAUCAGCAGUAUUUGCCUUUAAAAUGCUGCCAACAGCAUGGGAAGGCUUUACUUGUACCACUGAGACAAGAUUUUGCCUUGCAAGCAAAAACACAGUUAUAGAAGUUUCUUCUUUCUGCAGCCUCGAUGGACACAUUUAUUUCUCAACUCCGUGGAAAAACUAAAAAUAGGGCUGGUAGCAUUAAUGAAUUGCUGCAGAUGAAUUCUCAUAGCCUGCCAGCAGUUUCUCUGAUUAUUUAGAAAAAAAGAAAAAAGAGGCCCACUUACUAUUCCAAUACAAUUUCAUUACUUAGAAUAUUUACUGAUCUGAGAUGCAUUUAUUACGGUCUUAUGGUGAAAAAAAGAACAUUACUGGUUAGAGGUAAGAUGUGUAAGCCUUAACACAUCCAAACUAUAUUUUCUGAGGGGGGAAAAAAAAAGAACAUUAUAGUAUUAGUGGCAGUAAUCUAUACUAAUGGUGGGUGUGCUGCUACAUGUUAAUAAAAUGGUUUUAACAGUCCGAAUUUUAGCAGUCACAGAACUUGGGAACAUUAAACUGGAACAACAGAUUAUUAAGAGUUGAAUCCUGAAUGAGAAAGAGAGAAACUGGGAGUGAAAUCUUGGUACUGUAAAAGCCUGCAAGAGCUUUUCCCUUUGAUUUUAUUGGCACACAGACUUCCACCUCACAUUUUUAGAUUUGCCUUUGGAGCUGAUGGCAUUCAGACAGUAACUGCAAACCCCUCUGCAGUACGAUACCAGAUGUAUUCCACAGGGAGCAGUAUCUUACUGUCAUCCACAGCGGUACAAAUUUCUAUCUUGCCCAAAGCCACUCAUGUCAGCAGCUAGCUAUCGGUGCUACAGAUACACAGUGGAUUCUUCUACUUAAUAAAAAAGACUAUUAAUAACACAACUCACUCUUGUGAGUACUAGGAUUUCAAAUGCUGUAAUAUCCAUGCAUUUAUCUAAUUAUUCUGUAUGUAUUCCUGAUGCUUUAACAUAUAAAUACUGUGCUUGCAAUAUACACAGCAGCAAUUAACUAUGAAUUUGCAGAACAAGAAAGCUACAAAUAAAACCGACUUCUAAUUGCUUUGCCACA